AUGCCCGCCACGGCGCUGGCUGCUGCCUCCGGUCACACGACCAAGCUGAGCAACAACCACAACCACAACAACAACAACAAUAGCAACAACAAUAGCAACAACAUUAGCAACAGCAACAACAACAUAAUGCUGAACAACAAUAUGAACAAUAGCUUAUGCAACUCGAUCGCCCAUCUGAGCGAUUCAAGGACCAAUCUCACUGUCAACACGCCCACUGCCUGCCAACGUUUAAGUGAAAUGUUUCGACGCUCCAUUGCCAGCAGCACACAGUCGAGUUCCAGGGAGAAUACCUACGAGGAGAAAUUAUCUGCACUUAUAAACAUUAGAGCCAUUUCCAGCUACUAUGUGAUCAUUAGCCAGGCAGCUGAACUCCGCUAG